UGGACGCGCUUGUACUGAUACUGCAAGUUUUGAAAUAUCGCGUUGUUCUACACCUGUACUCAAGUUUCUACAAUCAAACCCGGUAUACAAUGAUCCCCAUACCACUACGUUUCUUAACGAUAUCAUAUGGAAAUAAAAGGGUGGUGACGCAGAAGGGUCCAACAUCCAAAGUUCGCGAGUUCAAAUCUCUUCAAUCUUUUGCGCACUGUAAAUUUUGUCUCCAAGUCCAUCCACUCUCAUCUCUGCGCUUCCGAACGACCUGCAACCUUAGCUUCGCGCCUUGCGAAGACGACUCAGCCUUUGAGGUAGAUAAAGAGGCAUGGGAAGAAGAGGGCUUGGUGGACCUUGUCUGCUGCCUGGAGGUUUACUUGGAGGAGGUUAUGCCUGGUCCGCUGUCCGGCGAAGAGGCAUCGCAACCUGUUGAAGAAGGACAUGAAGAUGCUCGGGUGCACCAGCAAGUUCGAGGCUCUGACGAACGGCAAGGUAGAGAGGGAGAAUGCAGUGAUAUACCAGAGGCCAAUGACAAUGUGGAGGAGGACGAAGCACGGGACGAUGAUGAGAUGGAGAGAGAGCAGGAUAAAGAGGAGCAAGAGAAGGAGGAAGAGGAUAGGGAAGAGAACGAGCAGACGGAGGAGAGUGAGGAGAGUACUGUGCGGACUGGGCCAUAUUGUCGGCGACGAGGGGUCAUCGCGUCUGAUGACGAAGAUAGUCCAAAGGCGGUUGACCGUAACUCGAGGCUAGCUGCAGACUUGCAGCAGACACAUAACGCUGCUGUCAUUGGCGACACUCAGCCCUCGACGCCCAAUGCUAAGAACCAAGCAAUCGCUGUUCGUGCACAAGACAUGUCGCCUGACACAGAAUGGUUAAUUAAGAAGGAAAAGGAAACUUCUCCAGCGCACGUACGGGUAUCGUCAGUCACCGGAAGCUCCCAAGAAGGCCGAACUCCCUUAGGAACACAUAAACCACUAGACCAACCUGUCAAGCAAGAGCCACGAUCGGCAGGGCGAUUGGAGUCUCAGCCUCAGGCGACUCAAGUGACACAGCAACCACCCGACCCCACACAUAACAAACUCGUCAUUAGCAUCCAGCACAAACUCUCCGCGCAGCAUGCACAGUUCAGCGCGAAGCCCCAUGUACGAAUAGGUAAAGUUCUCGCCAGUGCAUGUAAGAGCUUCCGCUUGGAUGUCAAUGUAGCGCAACUCUACUUGGUCGUGAUAACGCAAAAUGAAAAGGGCUUGAAGGAGGAAGAUUAUUUCUUAUGUGACCCAAAUGAGACAGUGGAAACCGCUAUUAUAGAUGUGGAAGGGAGGGUAGACUUUAUGAUUCGCAUGCCUGAAGAUCCCGCAAUGUAGGAUGGUAUAUUUCACUUUGUAGUGGAAAGUGUAAUUUUACGGGUGGCUUGCUU